UCCAAGAUGGCGGCCUCCUUGUGUCAGUGUUAUCGGCUCUGUGUCAGAAGGAGCUGUCUUCUCCUGUCAGCGUGUUCCUAUGCCUCCACAUAUAACAGAGCUUAUGUCUACAGGAUAUGUGGGUCCCUUACUGCAUCCUCACAGCUUCGAUAUGCGUCAGGUGGCAGAGGAGGCCGCAAGGGCUUUUUGGGAGAGUUUGUGGAUGGCCUUAAACAGGAGCUGAGCAAGAACAAAGAGAUGAAGGAGAACAUCCGUAAGUUCCGCGAGGAGGCCAAAAAGCUGGAGGAGUCAGAUGCCCUGAAGCAGGCCAGGAGGAAAUACAAAACCAUUGAGUCUGAGACUUUAAAGACCUCUGAGGUGCUGAAGCAGAAGCUGGGGACCCUGUCAGAGACUGUGAAAGAGGGUCUGGAAGAGGUGAGCCGCACCGAUUUGGGGAAAAAGAUUAAGGAAGGUGUGGAGGAGGCGGCCCGGUCAGCCAAGCACUCAGCAGAGACUGUGUCCAAGAGCGGGGAGAAGCUGGGCAAGACCGGGGCCUUCCGAGCAAUCUCACAGGGUAUGGAGACUGUGAAGAAGGAGAUUGAUGACCUCGGACAGAGCGGGCCCUACCGACCCCCAACUCGAUUACGGAAGAGAAGCGACUUCUCGUCCAAGGCUGGGGGGAGCGAGUCCAAGGUGUUUGAGGCCAAUGAAGAAGCCAUGGGUGUUGUGCUGCAUAAAGACUCAAAAUGGUACCAACAGUGGAAGGAGUUCAAGGACAACAAUGUGGUUUUCAACAGGUUCUUUGAAAUGAAGAUGAAGUAUGACGAAAGCGACAACGCCUUCAUCAGAGCGUCGCGCGCCGUCACGGACAAAGUCACAGACCUCAUCGGUGGGCUGUUCUCCAAGACAGAGAUGUCUGAGGUUCUGACAGAGAUCCUGAAAGUGGAUCCCACUUUUGACAAGGACUCGUUUUUGAAGCAGUGUGAGCGUGACAUCAUCCCCAACAUCCUGGAGGCUAUGAUCCGUGGAGAGCUGGAAGUGCUUAAAGACUGGUGCUACGAAGCUACAUACAGCCAACUGGCCCAUCCCAUCCAGCAGGCCAGGGCCAUGGGGCUGCAGUUCCACUCCAAGAUCCUGGACAUCGACAACAUUGAUCUGGCCAUGGGGAAGAUGAUGGAACAAGGCCCUGUGCUGAUCAUCACCUUCCAGGCUCAGCUGGUCAUGGUGAUACGCAACCCCAAAGGAGAGGUGGUGGAGGGGGACCCGGAGAAGGUCCUGCGGAUGAUGUACGUGUGGGCGCUGUGCCGCGAUCAGGAAGAGCUCAACCCCUACGCCGCCUGGAGACUGCUGGACAUCUCUGCCUCCAGCACAGAGCAGAUCCUCUGAGGGGGCGGGGAGGGGGACAGAGACUGUGCCGGGGGAGGGGUGGGGGAGGAGGGGGACGCACACACACACACACGCUGCCCGCCCUGCCAGCCACCAACAGUCACCCGGAGAAGGGGCCGUUUGUUUUUUUUGGAGCUCCCGAUCCGUACGGCUGUGGCGUCCUUGGAAUGGGCAACGUGUGUCCCCCAGACUGAGCGGAGCCCGAGGUGACCGGAGCGUCCCCCAGUAGACAGACUGCGUUCUCACCACGCCGUGCUGGAGCAGAAGGCUGGAUGCAGACCGCGUGGCCAAAUCAUGCAUCCCGCUGUCUGUCACACUACACUGGGGUGGGUCACCCUAGCUGGGGGGGAGGGGUCUGUGAGGUCAUGCUGUGGUCCACUGGUGCCAUAAAUGCCUUCAGUUUUGUAGAAAGGUCCUGUUAUAUUGUUGAAAAUCAGUAUAACAAAUCAAAACAAAUAUUUAUUUAAAAAAUAAAAGACCCCAUUGGGCAUUGUCUGUCUGUAACAAAAAAAAAAACCUGAUAUUUAUGUGUGCAUUUCAACAGACUAGAAAUCAAAGUGCACCAUUGUGCAGUUUAUACUUGCCUUAAGCAAAUGUUAAAAUUGGAUUGAUCUCCCAACUUCAAGUUUCCACCCUGAUCUUGACUUUAAGUGGUCUUUAAAAGUCUGGCCAUGUCCUGUUUCUUGGGCACAGUGAGCUGUUGUGGAUCAGCUUGUAGAGAUACAGCUGUAUGUGUUUCUCAGUAGCUCGUAGAGAGGAAUGUGGUGGGGCUGGAUGGUGAAGCGGUUGUUCGCCAGAGCACUUUGCACACUUUGGCUCUUUGUUAAGGUCUGCCGUCAUGGAAAUGCAAGAUGUCUCCAAGAUGAGAUGGCAGACUGCCAGCACAAACCAGGGCCUCAGUCUCCCCUGAGUGAACCAGUCAGAGGUCAGACUUACUCGCCUGACUGACUUUUUAGGUUUGUUUUGCUCCGCCUCUCAUAGAGGACAUCCAAACACUGAAAUCUGCUCAGCACAAUACCGAAUCUAGAGUGGAUUUGUCUGAAACAAAUACUCUGACAAUUACCCCUUAAAUGAAACCGUUUUCGAAAUAGGUACUCUGACAGGGCUCGUAAUGGCAAUGACAUUAUUUGUUCCAAAAAAUGAGAUGCUACCCAAGAGCAUGACACUGGGUUGAACCAUAUGUAGCAGUAUAUAUAGUGCGCAUGUAAGAUUUCUGUUUCAGAGCAAACUUACUGUAAGUUGAAGCAAAUAAAGAUAACGGUGGGGGAGCCUCUCAGGUGAAACAGGAGAGUUAAGCAGAGCUCCUGGUAAUUCUGAAGGCUGCCAUCCUUGUAAACCAUCUUGCUAAAAAAUGAAAUCACUCUAUGAAUCAGUUCUCUGUAUUCUGGUCCAAUGACAGUGAAACGCACUGAAGGCUUCUCUGGUAUAUCCGUGCGCCUGGGGUAGUGCAGGCAGGGUGCUGUUGUUGCUUGGCAUAGGGAAUGCAUUACCUGUGUACUCAAUGUCAAAUAAAGAGUCCAGGCUGCUGUUUGCU